AUGGACACCGAUUUUACCGAUAUCGAUGUCGUUUCUGAACUAAAACGCCUUUCUAUUGGAAAUAAAUACAGUGAAAUCACAGAUCUUCUUAGAGAAAACUUUUAUCAAUUCAAUAAAGAGCCUACUAAAUUAAUCGCAAUAUUGACCAUAAGAAUAUACUAUAACUUACACCUCAAGAAUUUUAACGACAUCGACUCGGAUUUUGAACUGAUAGAAUCGAUUUUUAAGAAUAAACUAAACCAUAAGUUUCCAUACACAAGAGGCUCAAGAUGCCCAUUUAGCACAUUUUUAAUAUACGCAUACUACCCACAUCUUAGGGGAAUGAGCAUCUUAUCUCUUGAAAGAUUACACAAGUUACUAAAUCAAGUGACAAGAGAAUUGAACGAUAAGGUGGAAGAUUAUAUCUGUAAAAAUAAACAGGAAAAUAUUUAUAAAGGACACGAAAACAGUGUAAAUAAAAUAAUAAUUACAGUGUUGUUGAUAUCAGACGUACUGCUAUCACUGUUAAGGCCGAUGGAAGCAAUAAAAAUACUGACCACAGUAAAUCUGAAAUAUGACCCAAGUAACAUAUCAACGAAUGUGGUACUGUCUUUAAUAUACAGGAAGCUGGGAUAUCUAGAGGACUCAGAGAGGCACAUGAAAACGUUUAGAGACGAUGAAAACGAAAACUACUACAAAGGGAUUCUAAAAAUCAUUGAAAAAGACUACGAAGGAGCAGUGGAAAAAUUCCAAACGGUAAAAUAUCUGGAAGCAAUACAACGCUCUAAGAAGCCACUCAAGGACCACGAACGGGUCUUCAUAAACAACCUGGCAGUGGCAACGCUGUAUGCCAAAAAGUCACAGGAGGCAAAAAGAAUAUUUUUUCAACAUAAGCUGGACAAAGAGGGAUUGCAGGCCCAUAGGGGCAUAUCCUCGAACGCUGAUGUACUAAAAGAGCUGUCAAUAUAUGAUUAA